GACUCUGGCUUUGGGCCGGCCGCGGGAGGGGCCGGCGAGGGUCUCUGGUGUCGGAGCGAAGGAGGACGAAGGAGACCUUGCCUGUCUCUGCGGGUCCGUCCCGUCUCUGCUCCGAGAGAGGCCGCGACGGCUGGGUAGCGGCCGGCGGCCAAUGCGAAAUUGGUUGGUGCUUCUCUGCCCGUGUGCGGUCGGGGUCGUGCUGCACCUCUGGCUUCUCCUCCUCAGCUGCCCGGCCAGCGGCCCCGGGAAGCAACACCCGGCAGGUCUACUGGCUUUCUUUCCUCACUGGAAACCAAAACAUUAUGAUGUUAUCGUAGGGAUACUCUCUGCACGACACAAUGAUGGAUUGCGGAAUGCUAUAAGGAAUACUUGGUUUAGGCAUUUGAAGCAGCAUCCAACAUUAAGCCAUCGAGAGCAAGGGUUCCCAACCUGUGGUCCGGGGUCUAAUAUCCAGCCACAGGCUAAUCACCACUGGGCUGAGGCACUCUUCAGCGCUCGUUUUAGUCCACCUAGUUGUGGAGUGCAAGUGAGCAGACUUUGGUACAAACCUGUAGAACAGUUCAUUCUGCCAGAGAGUUUUGAAGGCACCAUUGUAUGGGAAAGCCAGGAUUUGCAAGGCCUUGUUUCUAGAAAUCUUCAUAAAGUGAUGGUGAAUGAUGGCGGUGGUGUCUUCAGAAUUAUUACGGCAGGAGAAGGAUCACUACCCCAUGAAUUUACACAGGGUGUGGAGGGGAUCGCAGGUGGCUUUAUUUAUACCAUUCAAGAAGGUGAAAUACUUUUACAAACCCUGCAGAGUCGCUCUGAAAGAUUCCUAAACCAUAUGAGCAAACUAGAAAAGGAGGAUGCCUUACUGAAGGAAGAAAGCAACAUUUACGAUGACAUAGUUUUUGUUGAUGUUGUUGAUACUUACAGAAAUGUUCCAGCCAAAUUAUUGAAUUUCUAUCGAUGGACUGUAGAAGCUACAAGUUUUGAUGUCCUGCUGAAAACAGAUGAUGACUGCUACAUAGAUUUAGAGACAAUAUUUAACAGAAUAAAGCUUAAAAACUUGGGCAGACCAAAUAUCUGGUGGGGAAAUUUCAGAUUAAAUUGGGCAGUUGAUCGGACUGGGAAGUGGCAGGAGUUGGAGUACCCAAGUCCCGCAUACCCAGCUUUUGCUUGUGGAUCUGGUUAUGUUAUUUCCAAAGAUGUUGUAGAAUGGCUAGCAAGCAAUUCUGAAAGACUCAAAAUAUAUCAGGGUGAAGAUGUAAGCAUGGGUAUUUGGAUGGCAGCCAUUGGGCCAAAAAGAUACCAGGACGAUCUCUGGUUGUGUGAGAAGACUUGUGAGAGUGGUAUGCUGUCCUCUCCUCAGUAUUCUGCUCAGGAGCUUGCAGAGCUUUGGAGAAUAAAGGAACGCUGUGGAGACCCCUGCAAAUGUGAAGAAAAAUGAAGGGGUGGCAAACACUCUAAGGAAAAUGUUAUAGAGGAAAGGAAGGGAAAGCCUCGAAACAGAUGUUCCAUCAAUCUCCUAUAUAGUCUGUUGCUGGUGACAAAUGUAAGAAUAUGUCGCUAGCCAAUUUAUGCUUCUACUCCACUGGUUACAUACAGUGUAUGUUCAUUUCAGUAUGGCAGUAAACUACAGACAAGCCUCACACAUUCUUUAAAGAAGUGUUUCAUGUAGAUAAUUUGUCUAGUGUGAAAUGGCCCUUAGGGCUGUAUUUGCACACACAUCCCCUUUUUUAAUAAAUGGACACAUUUCAUUUUUGAACAUACUCUUUUACGAAGCCAAAUAUGAAUGGGAAUUCUUUUAUUAAUAUAUUACAGAAGUAGAUAAACUUGACUUUUCAUGCAUUUAGUGUAUACAAGAACAAGGGACAGAGGCUAAACUGAGAAAGGCAGAUACAAUACUGUACAUAUUGCAUAUUAAACUUGCACUUCUCUGCCCAUAUGCCUUGCUAGACAAGACACUUAACUGAGGCAGACUGCAUAUAUACUGUUGGCUUCUAAUGAAUUAGGGAUCAGAUUGAUUUAAUUUCAGUCUGUAUUUCAAAUAUGAGGGAAACAGUGCCUCUUGCUGGGAAUACUGAUAUAUUAUCAUGUUAACUCCUGUAAAGAAGGAAGUUAGAUGCUGUAGUAAUUCUAUUUAUCCUCUGUGUACUUUCAGCCAACAUGUAGAGGGAGUAAGACAGCAGCCUUUUCUCCUAUGUGCAUAUUAAAUACUAGGUUUCCCCCCGUUGAGUGAUUUUUAUGCUUUCUAGUAUUCUGUGGCUAUUGGGAUGGGUUGGUAAUGAAAUACCUCAGCUUUUAAUUCUCUCAAAUAUGUUAUUUGUAUAGUAGUGAGUGGAAGGUUUGUUGAGAGUCCCACUGAUUUCUGUAAGUUACUAGUGUAGCACAAAUGAAUUACUUUUUAUUUGAAGCUGGCAAAAGCUUUCAUUUUCUCUUACAGGCAUGAUAUUUUUUUCUUUUCUUUUCUUAAGAAAACAAGAAUACAAAAGCUUCUCUACCAAACAGUGAUACAUUUUUAUAAAAGCUUUCCCCAACAAUACUAUUAAAAAUCAUCCUAAACUUUGUUAGCAGUGUGCAAGUUAUCUUAAAAUGUAUCGAAGGCAGCUUUUACCAUCGUACUAGAAUGCAAUCUUCAUUUUCAAUAGAGUAGAAUUGCAAGGGCUUUAGGUCAUUGUCCAAUUCAAAUUCUUUGCCUUUCAUCUAGGAUUAAAAAAAAGAUUCAGUUAGAUAUUAGUUUUGCACAUUUUAAUCUUGUAUAUCUUAAAAGACUAAGAUGGAAUAUAAAGGAAAGGAAGCUAAUGGAUUUCAAAACAAUAGUACUGCUUUUCUUAUAAAGAAAUCAAUCAUCCAACAUUAUAGAGUGCAAUGUAUUGAUUUUACCAGGGUAACAAGUUGUAUUAUUCUGGAACAUCUCAAUUCAUGUAUUGUUGCAUUACUGAAUUUGAGCUUACUUUAGAACUUUCAUAUGAUAGUUUCAGUUCUGAGCCUGGAAUUUUAAGUAGACGAUACAGCAAUCCUUUGACCUUCUGGAUAGUCAUAGAAUCUACAUUAAAGAGAGAAUUGUUUAACUAUAGAUAGAUAAUACUUGACGCCACAGCAACUGAAAUUCUAGCAAAAGUUGAUACUGAAAUAGAUUUGUGGGAGUUGAGCUCCUGCAGUUCACAGGAACCAAUUAGAAUAAUUUGACAUUAAAACUGUACUCCUCCUAAGCAGAAGUUUACCAAAUUAUAGUCUCUACUUUAUAUCUACAACACACUGACUGACCUAAGUGACCUUCAAAAUACUAUUUAUGGCAUUAGCUCUUUUGUACUUUAACACUGAGUGAAGCCUUUUCCUCUACUUCACAGUACGAGGCCCCCAAAUCUUUAUGUGCUAAUUUGUCCAGAUUACCAUUAACCUUAUGCACUUGUAUUUCAAAUUAAUGAUAUGAAAGUGAAAGUGUAUUUUUAUAGUAAGAUUUAAAGGAGUAAAAGUAUUACAAAUUUGACCCAUCUAGAGAUUUGGCUAUGCUGGGUAAUUUUCCCCUUAUUUCAUUUAAAGCUUUAUCUGAAGGCACAGCAAUAGUCCUCUAUUGUCAAAAAUGUACUUUAAAGUAUUUUUCUAUUAACUUUUUGAAAAAGCUGUAUCAUUUUAUGCAACUUGUGAUAAAUGUGAUUUUUAUUUUGAAUAAAUACUUUUCAAAAUACAAA